AUGUUGGAUAAUAAUUAUACCAUGCCAACUGAGUUCAUUUUUGUUGGGUUCACAGAUUAUUUACCUCUGAGAGUCACACUGUUUCUGAUAUUUUUUGUAGUUUAUGUAUUAACUGUAGUGGGGAAUAUGGGCUUGAUAAUAUUAGUUAACAUCGAUUCAAGCCUUCAAACCCCCAUGUAUUAUUUUCUUAGCAACUUAUCUUUCUUAGACAUCAGUUACUCCACAGCGAUUGCACCUAAGAUGCUGGUAAACUUCCUAGCAUCUCGAAAGAGCAUCUCUCCCUAUGGCUGUGCGCUCCAGAUGUUUUUCUUUGCUUGUUUCGCUGAUGCUGAGUGUCUCAUCCUGGCGGCAAUGGCAUAUGACCGAUACGCAGCCAUCUGUAACCCGUUGCUCUAUUCUACUCUUAUGUCUAGGAGAGUCUGUAUUUGUUUCAUUGUCUUAGCCUACUUUAGUGGAAGUAUGACUUCUCUGGUCCACGUUUGCCUCACAUUUAGAUUACCAUUCUGUGGCUCCAAUGUUGUCAACCAUUUUUUUUGUGAUAUCCCUCCUCUCCUGGCUUUAUCGUGUGCAGAUACUCAUAUCAAUGAGCUUCUGCUCUUUGCUUUGUGUGGUUUCAUUCAGACCAGCACUUUCGUGAUCAUAUUUAUCUCCUAUUUCUGCAUUCUAAUUACUGUUUUGAGCAUCAAGUCCUCAGGUGGCAAGAGCAAGACAUUUUCCACCUGUGCUUCCCAUCUGAUCGCAGUGACCUUGUUCUACGGAACUCUCCUGUUCAUGUACUUGCGUCCUACGACGAGCUAUUCCCUAGACACCGAUAAAGUGGUGGCAGUGUUUUAUACAGUCGUCUUUCCCAUGUUUAAUCCAAUCAUCUACAGCUUCAGGAACAAAGAUGUGAAGAAUGCUCUCAAAAAACUAUUAGAAAGUUACAGGACUUUCAAAUAA